GUUCAGGCGGAUUGUAUUCAGUGUAGGACGUUGUCAAAACGCAAAGCAGCAGCAUUGCAGGGAGAGAGGAUUACUUGUUCCACACUUAGAGAGACUGCAUUCAGAAGAAAGGGAGACAAAUAUUGUACAGGUAUGGAUGGCAUGAUUGAAGACGAAGAUGACUGCCCAGAGCUGGUGCCCAUCGACAACCCGCCUGGCCCUCCUGCAGAGCAGAUCCCUGUCACCAUCAUCUCAGGCUACCUGGGUGCUGGAAAGACAACACUCCUGAACUAUAUCCUAACAGAGCAACACAACAAGCGAAUUGCUGUUAUUCUCAAUGAAUUUGGAGAGGGCAGUGCACUAGAGAAGUCGCUUGCAGUGAGCCAUGCUGGAGAGCUGUAUGAAGAGUGGCUGGAACUGAGGAAUGGAUGCCUUUGCUGCUCAGUCAAGGAUAAUGGUCUUAAAGCCAUCGAGAAUCUGAUGGCAAAGAAAGGAAAGUUUGACUACAUCCUGUUAGAAACCACAGGACUGGCGGAUCCAGGAGCUGUGGCCUCCAUGUUCUGGGUGGAUGCAGAGCUCGGCAGUGACAUUUACUUGGAUGGCAUCAUUACUGUCAUUGACGCCAAGUAUGGACUGCAGCAACUGUUGGAGGAAAAAGCAGAAGGGCUCAUCAAUGAAGCAGCCAGGCAGAUUGCUGUGGCUGACCUGACUAUUAUCAACAAGGUAGACCUGGUGAAUGAGGAAGACCUCAAUCAAAUCCGAGAUGCGGUCAGGUCUGUAAAUGGCCUUGUCAAGAUUCUUGAAACCCAAAGAUCAAAGGUGGAUCUCUCUGAAGUGCUGGAUCUGCAUUCCUUUGAUAGUAAAGAUGGAGCAAAUCUCGCAGAGAAGCUCCAACUUGUGAAAUCUACAAGACCUCACCUUGACAAGAGUAUUUUGACUGUGACGUUUGAAGUGGCUGGAGAUCUCCCUGAGGACGCCUUGAAUGUCUUCAUACAGGAUCUGCUUUGGGAAAAGGCGUUCAAAAACAAAGAAGGAAAGCCCAUGACUGUCAUUCGGUCAAAGGGUAUAGUAUCAUUUGCAGGUAAAGACCACCAAGUGAUGCUGCAGGGGGUCCAUGAGUUGUAUGACCUGAAUGAGACACCACAGCUUUGGGAGGAGAACCCGCGGAUCAACCGCCUGGUUUUUAUAGGUAGGAACCUGGAUAAGGACAUUCUGAGGGAGCAUUUCAUCUCUGCAGUGGUGCAAAGAACAGAGGGACAUUAGUGACUAGCUCUCCUUAGAUACUGCUGUAUCUGGAGCAAAAGUUGUGGCUUUGGCCAUCAGCUAAUCUGGUACCGUGCACCAGAUAUUCACCCCUCUCCUCCAAGACCAAUAGGUACGUCAGAGGAUGGGGAAAAUUCCAGGAGUGAUGAAUAUGGCACUUUUGAGUUGUGAUAAUCCAUCACUACAUACCAUAAAGGCUUCAGCGAAUUGAAGAGUGUUUGAGUUGCUGCGGUGCCUGAGUGAAGAGUGAAUUGCUGUGUGAUACUGAAAAUAUAGACUGAACAUGACAUCUUAAAUGUGUGCAUAGACAAGAAGGCCACAUGGUCCCUUAAUGUAAUGUAUGCAUUAUGUUUUUAAAAUAAUGGUUUGUGAAAAUCUGCAGUUUUGAAGGUUGAGAUUUAAAGCAGUGUAUUGUUAUCAAAAGUGGGACAACACUGUACUUUGUAAAUGAAGUACCCUUGCUUUUGUUUCAGGCUUUUAAAACCUUGUUCAUUUUAAUAAUUUAAAAUAAAGUUUUUCUCUCUACA